UUGCUGAAAUAUCCGGAGUUUUCACGGCUUUUGUCAAAAAUUUUAACAAAGCCCAACUUUAAAUAUGAGGAAAAUGGAGUUAUCAAUUCAAGCGAGGAAGGAAUUCAGGGAAAAGUCUCUAAUAAUGAGCAAGAAUAA